AAUAAACUAAAACUAUUCACAUUUUUCAAGAACGUAACCGCUUACGCGCUGCGAUGUCGAAUCGUUUUUACAAUUUACUAGUGGAGAUUUUCUAAUCCACCUUUGGGAGAAGACAAAUGAAACGACUGCUGUGAAUUUGAUAUUUUCUUUUACAUAUUAUCCAAUUUGGCAUUUCCACUGUGCACAAUCAAUCGGAAUUAUGCUUUUAUUUAUCGCUUGUCUAUGAAUAGGAGUAUUGAUUGAUUGUAACGGGACUAAAAGGCAAGGAAUGAAGUAGCAGAACUUCAGGAGUUUUGUGCAACAAGUGCCCGAACUGGUUGGGUGUUUGUGAUAACGAGCUUUAAUCUCAGAACUAUCGCUGGGACUGUCAACAUCCUUUAUCGGUACACGUCCGCCGGGACUACGGGGCUUUGAAAGAUGACAAGAUGGUGAGGUGUUGAUAUGAACUCCCCUGUUUUACUGGUAUGGACCUUUCUUGCAAUUCUGGUCUCCGCCCUCGGAACAUACUCCUUCAUCCAACCCAUCUGGAUUGUCACCCCAAAUCAAACGGAGACAUUCGGACUCAUCAGCACGUGCGGCACGGUCCUGGACGUCACCAGUCAGGAUUUCGGCAGACAGAGAUGCGAGUUUUAUGGAGGGUACUUUAACCUGGGUAGCCUGCCGUCGGGGGCUUGGCAGGCCGCCUGCACGCUGUUCGGGGGAGGAUGUAUCCUGUUGUGCUGUGGGGCAUUUCUCGCCGUCUGCACGUCCUGUAUUCCUAACGAAGUGGUCAAGUCCGUUACUGUCAUGGCUGGAUAUGUCCAGUUUAUAGCAGUAUUGGUGAUGAUUGCUGGUCUAUUUAUUUACCCCCUGGGAUUUGAUUCCAAAUUUAUCCGGAAAUAUUGCGGCGACAGUUCCACCAUGUACAGCAGUGGGCGCUGUGAGGUGGGCUGGGGCCUCAUUCUGGCCAUUGUGGGGACAGCCCUGGCAAUGUUCUGUCCAGUCUUGUCCCAUUACACAGACAUGCAAACCACAGAUCUUCUCUGACGCGGAGCCAUGAUAAUGUAGAUCAUAUUGCCAUUAUACAUUCCAUUUGUGCAAUCUCUGUAUAUACUCGUUAUAUAUUUCAUUAAAUGUUAGAUAAUUAUAUAUAAUU